GACGUCGAGGCUUUUGGCUGCUUCUCCCAGGAGUGCUGUACAUAUCGGCAAUGGCGGGCUGAUGAAGCAGCGCCAGCCAGUCGGCCUGCUUCGAGCGCCUGGAGUCACGUUGAGAGCAUCAUUGCCGCCGCCGCCGCCGCCGACGACGACGACGACGAUGUCGACAACGAGGAUGACGGAGCAUGCCAGAAGAAGCUACUCGACGACACCCAACGAGCAGCAGCUGUUUCAGUCGUUUGGCACGCCCUUUGCUCAGUUUCUCUUUACGCUUUCCCGCGUUGCUCGCAUGAUUGUCUAUUCGGCCGUGGGCGCUGCCUCGCUGGGCGCUGUCGCAUUCGAGGCGACGCACCAGUACGUCGAGCACGUUGCCAUGCCGCGUGCCGCUUCCUCGGACAGCAGCGACGAUGACGAAUGGGCAUGGGCAUCAGAGGCGAUCGACGAGGAGAGCUGGGGGCCUGUUUCGGGCGGUGGGACGGACAGGCGGCUGGGCAUCAAAGGACGGCAUCUCGUGCGGAGUGCGUGGAUUUGCUCGCGCUGGGGAGGCGGCAUCUCGCCGAUCAAUCUCUUUUCAAGCGGGACAGGCCUGCCGACGGCAGGGAGAAGGCCGAGGAAGUCGCUGUCCGCGGCGCUGCACAACGACGAAGGAAUGGAAAUGGCAGAGGCUUUCCUCGAUGCGGCACUGGUCGUGGCAGAGUCAAGAGGUAUCCGUCUGCCAGACCUGGCUGCUGUGCGUGCUGGAGCAGUGGCCACACCCCACGAGGCUGGCGCAGACAAGCCCUUGGACAUGACGGCGGUUGCCCUGGAAACACAGCUGGCCAGCAUCCGAGAGAGAGUAGGAACAAAGACGGCCUCGGAAGGAGCCCUGGCGGGGUACACGAGGGUCUUUGACGCCCUUGCCAGCGCAGAUGCCACCAACCGAGUGGCCAGCGCCAUGAAGCCGAAUGAGGCUGGUGCUGCAUCGACGGGGCAGCCUUCGGUCAGGCCACAGCGGCUCGUGAAACUGGCAACAAAGAUCGGCGACCUGCACGCUCUCCUGUCUCAGAGGCAAGAAGCCGAGGCCUGGCUGCUGUGCGCCGUCGACAUCGCUGGCAAGAGGGCCAAUGAGCAAGAUGGUACAGGCGCAAUCGAGGGGCAGCGUGGGGGCGCCGAUGCUGUCGGCAACCAGGCCCUGGCAGGCAUCGGAGGUCUCUCUCCAGAGUCGCGGCGACCAGCAGAGACCAAGGAGGCGAAAGAGGCCCAUGAGACACCUUCGUCCAAGAGCAGCUGGUCGUUCUUCCGACGAUCCAAAAAGGCAGACGACAUUGCACCACGGACAUCGACCUCCCCCGCCAAGGUUGAGGCAGACGACUACCCUCUCAACGCCACGCCUCCUCCGGCACCACUGACUCGGUCGCUCAUCUCGGCCCUUCUCUCCCUCUCGGCCUUCCACGCCCAGGCCGCGGAUCGCAAGUCGCUCGAGCAAGCGCUUCAGUUCCAGGUCAGCGCCCUUCGGCUGACGAGAGUAGAGGCUGAGCGGCUCGCGUGGGCGGGCACCGUGAGCGAUGCCGAGAGCCGACGCAAGGCUGGGCUCAAGGCACAGCUUCAUGCCCUGUGGCUUGCCCAGCGCGAUGCAUUGGCCUCGAUGCAUAUCGCAGAGACCAUCUAUGCGCUGGGCCCAGGUGCAACGGCAUCAUCGUCGUACGCCUCCCUGCUCACGUCCUUCUUCACGCCAACGGCCGAGAGCAGGGACGUGACAAAGAGCGUCGAAUGGCUCAAGGAGGCAGACGAGCGCGCGGAGCUGAUUAUCUCGCAGCUCGGAAAGAAAGUGAAGAGGGAGACGGUCCUUUCGGACCGAUGGACAUCUCAGCGGGAAGACCUUCAGUUGCCUGCUUCUCGCCUGCUCCGAGACGCGAAGAGGAUCAGAGAGGCGACACAGGAGAUGAGAGCAAUCUUGGGCGACGAGAGUGUCAAGAAGAAGUAGCUUUCCUCUAUUUCGGAAAUGUAGAUCUAGUAUACAGAG